CAAGAACCAAGAUUCAAAGUUUUGAUUUCGUCAAACCGCCUUUUCUUACUGUCUGCAUUUCUGUGUGUACGAAUUAUUUCAUUACCUUAUUUUCUUUUACCUCGAGUGCUCGAGUGUAAAGUCGGUUUCGCCUACAGUGAGCCGUUUGCGAGUCACUUCAUGUCACAAAGCUUACCUAACUAAAGUGCUUUAAAACUGUUGUGCAUCACCAAUAUCACUCACUCCUGUGUUUCCCCUCGUACGUGCGUCCAAGUAUUUACUUUUUCAAGUGUUUCAUCUCUAACUUCUCAAGGUCAGACACGGUGCGGUGGUGCCUGUUUGUUGAAGAUUCUUGGACGUUUGCGCGGCGGGUUGGCGAUGUCGGGCGGGGUUGCCCUCCACCUCUGAACGACGACGGCGGUGACGGAGGAUUUGACGGGAUUGGCGGUGGCGCCAACGAAAAGCUGGAGGGGUAGACAGAACUCCAAUCACCUUUUAACAGAUCCUAUAAAACAGAACCCAUAUUCCCUCAUAAGGUCGCUGAACCAUUAAAAAGCCUAUCUUGGAACAUGAUCCUUGCAGCAACAGAAAUGCUUCAACAAUAAUGUUUAAAUUGAUCUUGUAGGGUAAUCUGCAUCCUUGAUGUAUUGGAUCCACUUGUUAAUGAAUUGCAAUGACUCAAAAACAAGUCUACUCUAACUACCAUCCUCCAACAUAUGAGGCGUGUAACAUCAUUUUGCUGAACAUGAAAAACCACUAUCGAAGACUCUACAGCGUUAAGCCAGCAGUAGACACAUCCCCGCCAGAAUCAUACAAACUGCUGACCCGUAAAACAAGUAGAUCUCUUUCCUGCCUGGAUUUAAGUCUUUCUAAUCUUUCCUCUUUUAAGCUGUGCCAACGACCUGACAUCAAACAUGAAGUACAAAAUCAUGAGAUGCAAAGAACAGCGAAGUCCAUAAACAAGAGGCAUUCCUGCAUUGGUGUUGACAAAGCAGCGAAUCAACAUUGCCGUGAGAGAAACAGAGUGAAACCAUCCAUCUCUAGUUGUCACAGAAAUCCCCGUACAGUUCUAAUCAAUAUGGAAAAUUCUAAAGUAUAUACUCCAAAGGAAAAAGUCUUGGACUCUGGGAAAGCAUGUUCCGAAUCUAGUCAAGACUCAGCUUACAAUGAAGGCGAGAUUGGGUCAAGUGAGCGAGGCAGCCGCACUCCUACCCCUGAAACUGUCGUGAACACUUCAUCCAAGAUUGCUUCCAACCCGGCUCUAGGAUCCUCUACCUACUGUAGAAGGACCAGAAGCUACCUGUAUCUGAAGUUCCUAGCUGAAAUCACAGAUGAAAUAUUGAAGAAAGGUGUCGUCACAAACAAAGCUCUGAAACGGAUAUUUAACCACCAUCUUGAGGCCAACAUUUACCAUUUAAAUCAGCACCGCAUGCAGCUAGAGUUAGAAACCCUCCGCAACAAACUUGGCAUUCCAGAAGAUGACGCCCAGAAUGCAGCAGACUUUGGUGUUGGUAGCGGUGAAGGCCCAACUUGUCAACCUCUCUUCCACGACCUCCCUGGUUUUGACGACCAAAUGAGCACCAAAUCAGUACUGCAGAAAGGUCUUCUCACUUCCAAAAUGGCCUGGACGCCUGAAGUUUUGGAAGCUUUUACUGUGCUCGGUGACAAUCAGAAACUCAUCAAUAGUAUACAAUCAAGCGUCAAAAGUGUGGUUAAGAAUUUGCGGCAGGUCAGUUUGUCAGUUUCUGAAUCUAAAAUCAGUAGUAAAAGGUCAUCCAGUAAUCAGGAUAAUAGUGAGAAAGUCAGUGGGUUAAGUUCCUUAAGGACAGAUUCAAACAUGGAUCCCCAAAGUACAAGUUUGCAGAGGAGUUCAUGUGCCCUUCAAAUUCUUGAUUCCCACAGGACGUCUCACUCCAAUAUGUCUAGUGACAGCAGCCAAAAUUCUCGUACUUUGGAUAACAACAUUAGCAUAAAAUCAACUAAGGAAAAUGUUGAUUUAUGUUUUACUAGAUCAGGGGUGAGCGUGCCCUCCCAAAAUACUAGUUUGCAGGAAACUUGUUUACAUUCUGUACCUCUUAGUAGUGUGAUAGAUUCUGAUUCAGUAACAGUGGAGAAAAGUGACGGUUCAAGUCUUCAAAACUCUAAUAAAGUGCUGGAAAAUGUUGAUAGCAUAAAAUUAAGUCCAAAAAGCUGUGAUCUAUUGAUGCCAUUAAAUGAAUCUGAAGGAACUCAGGUCUCUAAGUUCGUUGAAUCGCAAAAGACUGAAGCAGCGUCCCAAAAAUCUUCAAAUAGUUUAGAGUGGAACUCCCCACAUGCGAGGAUAGACAGCGUUACGGAGCUUGACAAUUCCCAGGAAGCAGUUAACUCUUAAAUGUUACUUAAGGAGAAAUAGUUUAUAUCUUCAACCAAAAGUACUGAGAAUUGUGAAUUUCAUGAUCCUGCAAUUUUUUAUUCAGAAGAAGAUAGAUCUUUCACGUAUCCUAAAAAAAUGAUGAUAUUUUAACUUGUCCAUCCCAAUACAGCGACUGUUUGUGACCAUUUUUUUACAUCCUCUGAUUCCAAAUAGGCCUCGUUUGUUGAGCCAAGAGCAUCAUAAUGCACCAUUAUUUCAUUAUUGAGGCAUUACCGCCUUUAAUACUUAAUCCUGUCUUAUUCUGUUAUUCUUUACACCCAAAAACUUUAACGUUCAGGUGUCACUUAUGUCGUGGUCGCCAAGUAGGUGUACUCACGAGGGAGAAUUCAGGAGACUAUCACCUAAACAGUCACGCACUCUUCAUUCAUUCAUACAGGAAGAAGUGCCUUUGCUGAAAAAGCAAAAACUGAAAGAAGAAUA